ACCCCAAGCAUGUGAAGAGUUCUUCUGGAAGAAUGGGCAGAUGAGAACAUUUUAUUCCAACUGCCAUGAAGGCAGAUGAAGCAGGUGCUGUGGACCACUUAGAGCUAGCGAGAGCUUAAAGAUGCCAAGGUCAACCAUUGCAUCCUGGGCCAUCCCCAGUCAUCUUGAGUUUUGUCUUGCCACCGGACUUUGAUGACUCUGAAGAGGUAUCUCCUGAGACAUAUCUCUGCAGGGUCCAUGGUGCUUCCCCUCUCUCCAAAAGGAAGAUGAGAUCUGGUUUGGCACCUCUGGGAGACCAGGUUCCAGCAGUUCUUCAGCGUCACCUCCCUGAACAAGAGAGCAGGGUUCAGUUGUCUCUCCUCCUCCCUGGUGAAUUCCACAGCCACAUCCUUGAAGGUCACUGACUCCCGAGCAUGAGUUGUGAGGAUGGCUCUCGCAGAAUCAGCAGAGCCCUCCACUACUGUCCCUUUCCUGUCAGCCUUCCUACACCUUACCACCCAUCCUACUCUUCAGUCUGGUGAUGUUGGUCUUCAUGCUGUUGAUUUCAGAAGCCCUUGGGGUAGGUAUUCAGACCUGUAGUUUGGAUUAAUAUUAUUUUAUUAAAGGGGUAUUUAUUAACAGAUGUGUUGUUAAUGUAUUUAAAAGCUGACCUUGAAUCGCCAGUGAAAACAACUGAAGUUUAUGUCCUUAUUUAACAGCCUUAUUCCCUGCCUACAGCAUUCGAGGUUCUCUGCUGUGUUGGAGAUACCAAUGAUAGUCCUCACACUCGGGGAGCUUACUGUCUAAUUGUGGGGGCAGAUAAGGCAGAUACACAAAAAUAUCAUGGAAUAUAUACUAUUUGCUAAAAACCAUGAUAAGUACAAAGUCCUAAGUGUUUAGGAGAAUUAGAAAGAACUUGUUUCCUUUAAUGUUCUUUUUUUGAGCCUGUGAAGUUGCAAACUGCAAUAAGACCUUAAAUGAGUGCAAACCAUGAUGUGAUCGCCAAGAGCGGAUAUCAUUGGAGUCAGAUUCAACAGAAUUAAUGCCCACUUCCUAAUCUGUGGAAGGCUGAGGAAUCCCAGGUCUCAGAGAAGAUUUGAUCUCCAAUUUUGAGAGAGGGAGGAUACUGUGGAUAUUGGAGCCAAAGGCUGCAGAAUUCCUGUCUAGAGCAGAUUAGCUGGAAGCCUUGAAGCUGAAAUCACUGCCUUCUCUUGGAGCUGAGAUCACCCUUCCUCCUGGAAACCAGAUGUGCAUUUGAAAAGCCCAAGUAGGUUUGAACCCAGAUCCUGCUCCUGUGUCUGCUGAAUGCCUUUUCCACUGGGCCUCAUCUUCCCAGUCUGACCUCUUGGCCAGCCUCCUGCCUAGGAGGUGAAGGGAAAGGUGUCUCCCCCUCUGAGAUCCUUCUUGCUGUACUGCUCAGCCUGAAGAGGACUAAGACCUGAACCAAGCAAAAAGCCUGGAACCAGAGGGAAUGGCUCCUGGACCCCAAAGACACCCAUGGCAGGAGUCACUGACAUUCAAGGAUGUGGCUGUGGUCUUCACCCAGGAGGAGUGGUGCCUCUUGGACAAUUCUCAGAAAAAGCUGUACGAGGAGGUGAUGCUGGAAAACUCCCAGAACCUGCUCUUCGUGGGAAUUCCAGUUCUCAGAGAAGAUUUGAUCUCCCAGUUUGAAGAAAGAGAACCAUCAUGGAUCCUGGAUCAAAAAGGCUCAAGGAAUUCCUGUCCAGGUGCAAAGACCAGGUUUGAAAUGACUAACACUACUGAAAAGCUGAGGAUUUCUGUGGAAGAGUCUCCCAAGCAAAGAUUCAUGAGUGAUGCUCCCUGUGACUUCAGUUUGGGAAAAGUCUGUGACUCAAAUAUCGAGAUAGAGAAAAAUCAAAAUACUCACUGUGAAUUUGAUAAAGAUGUAAAGGGUUUCAGACAAUACUCGGUCCUAAUUCAGUUUCAGAAAAUGACUUCAGAAAAUGAUUUUUCUCUGCAUAGUGAAAAUAGGGAAUAUGGAACUGAAAAAGCUGGGCUUAUUCAAUCAUAUGAGAAGCCUCUGGAAGUACAAAAAUAUCAAGGUAAUCAAGGGGAAAUAGCCAACAGCUUGAGUUCAGACCUCAUCAGACAAAAGAAAUGUCAUACUGGAAAAAUGCUUUAUUUUUGUAAUAAAUGUGGGAAGGCCUUUAGCCAGAACUCAAAGCUUAUUGACCAUCAUAAAAUUCAUACUCCAGGAAAACCUUAUGAAUGUAAUCACUGUGGAAAGGCAUUCAUACAGAAUGCCAAACUGGCUCAACAUCAGAAAAUCCACACUGGAGAGAAACCUUAUGAACAUCGUCAGUGUGGAAAGACUUUCAGAAAGAGAACUAUUCUUGGUGAACAUCAGAAAAUUCAUACUAGAGAGAAACCUUAUGAUUAUAAUCAAAAUGGAAAGACUUUACAGCACAGCUCCAAUCUUGCUGUACAUCAGAAAAACCACACUUCAGAGAAAUCUCAUGAAUGUCAUAAAUGUGAUAAAGCUUUUGGUGAACGCUCUUCCCUAAUUGCACAUCAGAGAAUCCACACGGGAGAGAAAUCUUAUGAAUGUAAUCAUUGUGGAAAGGCUUUCCGACGCAGCUCCAGUCUUGCUAUACAUCAGAAAAACCACACUGGAGAGAAACCUUAUGAGUGUCAUAAAUGUGGUAAAGCUUUUAGUGAACACUCUUCCCUUAUUGCACAUCAGAAAAUCCACACUGGAGAGAAACCUUAUGAAUGUAAUCCAUGUGGAAAGGCUUUUCUAUGUAGCUCCAGUCUUGCUGUGCAUCAGAAAAACCACACUGGAGAGAAAACUCACAAGUGUCAUGAAUGUGGUAAAGCUUUUGGUGAACACUCUUCCCUUACUGCACAUCAGAGAAUCCACACCGGAGAGAAACCUUAUGAAUGUAAUCAAUGUGGAAAGGCUUUCACACAGAAUUCCCAUCUUUCCAAACAUCAGAGAAUCCACACUGGUGAGAAACCUUAUGAAUGUCAUCAGUGUGGUAAGGCUUUCAGACAUAGUUCCAGCCUUCCUCUUCAUCAGAGAAUCCACACUGGAGAAAAACCUUAUGAAUGUAAUCAAUGUGGAAAGGCUUUCACACAAAACUCUAUGCUUGUUGUACAUCAGAGAAUCCAUACUGGAGAAAAACCUUAUGAAUGUAAUCAAUGUGGGAAAACUUUCCGACAGAACUCCAGUCUUGUUGUACACCAGAGAAUCCACACUGGAGAGAAACCUUAUGAAUGUAAUCACUGUGGAAAGGCUUUCAAAGAGAACUCUAAACUUGCUGUACAUCAGAGAAUCCACACUGGAGAGAAACCUUAUGAAUGUAAUCACUGUGGAAAGACUUUCCGAUGCAGCUCCAGUCUUUCUGUACAUCAGAAAAACCACACUGGAGAGAAACCUCAUGAGUGUCGUGAAUGUGGUAAAGCUUUUGGUGAACACUCUUCUCUUAUUGCACAUCAGAGAAUCCACACUGGAGAGAAACCUUAUGAAUGUAAUCAAUGUGGAAAGGCUUUUACACAGAAUUCUCAUCUUUCUAAACAUCAGAGAAUCCACACUGGUGAGAAACCUUAUGAAUGUCAUCAGUGUGGUAAGGCUUUCAGACAUAGUUCCAGCCUUCCUCUUCAUCAGAGAAUCCACACUGGAGAGAAACCUUAUGAAUGUAAUCAAUGUGGAAAGGCUUUCACACGGAACUCCAGUCUUGCUGUACAUCAGAGAAUCCACACAGGAGAGAAACCUUACGAAUGUAGUCAAUGUGGAAAAGCUUUCAAACAGAACUCCAAACUUGCUCUACAUCAGAGAAUCCACACUGGAGAGAAACCUUAUGAAUGUAAUCAAUGUGGAAAGGCUUUCAAAGAGAACUCCAGUCUUGCUGUACAUCAGAGAAUUCAUACUGGAGAGAAACCUUAUAAAUGUAAUCAGUGUGGAAAGGCUUUCCCAUAUAGGGCCCUUCUUGCUUACCAUCUGAAAAUUCACACUGGAGAGAAACCUUAUGAAUGUCAUCAAUGUGGAAAGACUUUCACAAAUAAGUCCAGUCUUGCUAUACAUCUAAGAAUCCACACCGGAGAGAAACCUUAUGAAUGUCAUCAUUGUGGAAAGACUUUCACAAAUAGGUCCAGUCUUGCAAUACAUCAGAGAAUCCACACUGGUGAGAAACCUUAUGAAUGUCAUCAGUGUGGAAAAGCUUUCACCCAGAAUGCCAAUCUUUUGAAACAUCAGAGAAUCCACACUGGAGAGAAACCUUAUGAAUGUCAUCAGUGUGGAAAGGCUUUCACACACAAGUCCAAACUUGCUUGCCAUCAGAGAAUCCAUACUGGAGAGAAACCUUAUGAAUGUCAUCAGUGUGGAAAAGCUUUCACACAGAACUCCCAUCUUUCCAAACAUCAGAGAAUCCACACUAGUGUGAAGAGUGAAAUCUGAAAUAAGUGAGGAAACAAAAAUUUGAGUUUCGGAGCAUAUUGGUUUAUUAAGCAAUGCAUGCCAUUUGCAUAACAAAUCAGGACCAAACAUCCUCAACAUAGCACUGAAUCUCAAAUACCAGAGGAGAGAGAUUUUUUAUGCAUUGAAAGAAAACAUUUAAUGGGAAAAAAACAGGAUAUAAGAUUAGGCAGUAUGAUUUCCAAUUGGAGGAAAAUUAGAGACUUUCCAAGUUGGGAAGAUGUCGAGCAAGUUUUGUGAAUGGCAAGGGAGAGCAAGCAGGUAGAUUUUUCUAGAUAUGAAACAGAAUGUCACUCCAUCCCUAUGAUUAGCAAGCAGGUAGAAUUUACAAGAAAAUGAAAUUUAAGUCUCAAAAUAGAGUCAGUUUGGUUCACAUGAUUCCCACGAUUCUCUCACUGAAGAGACACCAUAUGAAUGUUAUCAAUGUGGAAAGGCUUCACAUGGAAUUCCAGUCAUGCCAUUCAUCAGAGAAGCCACACUGGAGAGAAAUUUCAUGAUUGUAAUCAAUAUGGAAAGGAUUUUACACAGAAUUUGCACAUCAGAAAAUCCACACUGGAGAGAAAGCUUAUGAAUGUCAUCAAUGUGGAAAGAGAUUGACACAGAAUUCUAGUCUUGCUAUGCAUCAGAGAAGCUACACUAGAUAGAAACCUUAUGAAUGCAAUCAGUGUUGACAAAACUUUCAGAGAGAGGGUGUCUCUUAGUCAACAUCAGUGAAUCUACAUUGUAGAGAAACCUUAGGAAUGUAACCAAUGUGGAAGGUCUUUCAGACACAACUCUAGUCUUCCUCUUCAUCAGAGAACCCACACGGGAAAGAAACCUUAUGAAUGUAACCAGUGUGAUAAAGCCUUCGAGUAAAAGUCAUCCAUUAUUUUUUAUCAGAGAAUUCCUAUUGGAUAGAAAUUUUACCACUAUAAUGAAUGAGGAAAGGCAUAGAGUACAGAGCUUGUUCAACAUUAGAAAAUUUAUUUGGGGAAGAUACCCUAUAUGGACAUAGUGGGAGAAGGAUUUCAACCAGAGAUCAUCUCUUACUUUGUAUAACAGAUUCAUAGUGGAGAGAAAUUGCUCAAUAGAGCAAUUGAUUUUCUCUAGAAGAAGGAGAUCUCUAGAAAUCAGAAUAUUCAUACUGGAAAGGAGGCUUAUAAAAGCAAUGCCUUUUGUCAUUGUCAAGGCUUUUAUGUAGAGCCCAUGCUUGAUUAUACAAGAAAUCAUGCUGGAGCUAAAACUUAAAGAUCUGAGUAAUGAAGGAAGGCCUCGUGCUGCAGUAUAGACUUUGUUACACAUCUCAAACUUCAUACUGUUCCUAAAGCCCUAUAAAUAUAGUGAAUUUUUCUUUGAAA